CCCGAGCGCCGCCGUCUGCGCACGAAAACUAAGUCACCCAGAAGAUAUGAGUUUGAUGUAAGAAUUACUGAGUGAAAUUCUGUGGCCUGUGUUUAUGUAGAAGGAUGGAAAGGAGACAUGGAGAAAGACCAAGGAUUAAUUCCACAAAAGGAGUUGGGUGUUGCAACAUGUAACUUUGUGGUUUGCUGCUGGACUCUUCCCCCUCCACCCCCACACGAUGAUAUGAAACUUGAAAGAAGACGAUGCAUACAGAAGCAUUGGGUGCUAGCUGCAGCCAGGUUGGAGAUUUUGACUGGGGUGCAGCAAUGUUCCUGUUGAGAUGAAAACCUGGAGGUCCCUGGCUAGAGGGUCGUGCCCUUUCGCUCAGGGUCAGACUGAUUGCAAUAUUUUGAGGAGGAGAGACUUCAGCAUGCAAACCUUCAUCUGUUCGGCUUGCACCGUCAUUUUCAUUCCAUGCUGCUGGCCUUCAGAUGGCUGGACAGAUGUCCCAUUCACAUCAGCAGUACAGUGAUCGUCGGCAGCAGAACAUAAAUGACCAACAGGUUUCUGCCUUAACUUAUGCUGACCAGAUUCAACAACCUCUAGCCAACCAGAGGCGGAUGCCCCAAACCUUCCGUGAUCCAGCUUCGGCUCCUUUGAGGAAACUCUCCGUUGAUUUGAUCAAAACAUACAAACACAUUAAUGAGGUUUACUAUGCAAAAAAGAAGCGGCGGCACCAACAGGGCCAAGGAGAUGAUUCCAGUCACAAAAAAGAGCGGAAAGUUUACAAUGAUGGUUACGAUGAUGACAAUUAUGACUAUAUCGUGAAAAAUGGGGAAAAGUGGAUGGAUCGUUAUGAAAUUGACUCUUUAAUAGGCAAAGGUUCCUUUGGACAGGUUGUAAAAGCUUAUGAUCGUGUGGAACAGGAGUGGGUGGCUAUUAAAAUUAUAAAGAACAAGAAGGCUUUCUUAAAUCAAGCCCAGAUUGAAGUGCGACUUCUUGAGCUUAUGAACAAACAUGACACUGAAAUGAAAUACUAUAUAGUGCAUUUGAAACGCCACUUUAUGUUCCGAAACCAUCUCUGCUUAGUCUUUGAAAUGCUGUCCUACAACCUCUAUGACCUGUUGCGGAACACCAACUUCAGAGGUGUCUCACUGAACCUGACACGAAAGUUUGCACAGCAGAUGUGCACUGCACUGCUUUUCCUGGCGACUCCUGAACUUAGUAUCAUUCACUGUGACCUAAAACCUGAGAAUAUCCUGCUGUGUAAUCCCAAACGGAGCGCUAUCAAGAUUGUUGAUUUUGGCAGUUCUUGCCAGCUUGGACAGAGGAUAUACCAGUAUAUCCAAAGUCGUUUUUAUCGAUCACCGGAGGUGCUACUGGGAAUGCCUUAUGAUCUUGCAAUUGACAUGUGGUCCCUUGGGUGUAUUUUAGUUGAAAUGCAUACUGGAGAGCCUCUUUUUAGUGGAGCAAAUGAGGUGGAUCAAAUGAAUAAAAUAGUGGAAGUUCUAGGGAUACCACCUGUUCAUAUUCUUGACCAAGCACCAAAAGCAAGAAAGUUCUUUGAGAAGUUGCCAGAUAGCACUUGGAACUUAAAGAAGACCAAAGAUGGAAAAAGGGAGUACAAACCACCUGGAACUCGUAAACUUCACAACAUACUUGGAGUUGAAACAGGGGGACCAGGUGGACGUCGUGCUGGGGAAUCGGGUCAUACUGUAGCUGACUACUUGAAGUUUAAAGACCUCAUCUUAAGGAUGCUUGACUAUGACCCCAAAACUCGAAUUCAACCUUACUAUGCCCUGCAGCACAGCUUCUUUAAGAAAACAGCAGAUGAAGGUACAAAUACAAGUAACAGUGUGUCUACGAGUCCUGCCAUGGAGCAGUCACAGUCUUCAGGAACCACCUCUAGCACAUCUUCUAGUUCAGGUGGGUCUUCUGGAACAAGCAACAGUGGAAGGGCACGGUCAGACCCUACUCAUCAGCAUCGACAUAGUGGUGGACACUUCACAGCGGCAGUCCAGGCUAUGGACUGUGAAACGCAUAGUCCCCAGGUUCGACAGCAGUUUCCUCCUCCACUUGGUUGGACAGCCACUGAAGCUCCUACACAGGUCACUGUUGAAACCCAUCCGGUUCAAGAAACCACCUUCCAUGUAACCCCUCAACAACAGAAUGCAUUACAUCAUCAUCAUGGAAACAGCUCCCACCAUCACCACCACCAUCACCACCACCACCAUCAUCAUGGACAACAAGCCUUGGGUAGCCGGACCCGGCCAAGGGUCUACAAUUCUCCAACAAACAGCUCCUCCACCCAGGAUUCUAUGGAGGUGGGCCAUAGUCACCACUCCAUGACAUCCCUGUCUUCCUCAACUACUUCUUCCUCUACAUCUUCCUCCUCUACCGGUAACCAAGGCAAUCAAGCCUAUCAGAACCGCCCAGUGGCUGCUAAUACCUUGGACUUUGGACAAAAUGGAGCUAUGGACGUGAAUUUAACAGUCUAUUCUAAUCCGCGCCAAGAGACUGGCAUAGCUGGACAUCCAGCAUACCAGUUUUCUGCUAAUACAGGUCCUACUCAUUACAUGACUGAAGGGCACCUUGCAAUGAGGCAAGGAAUUGAUAGAGAAGAGUCUCCCAUGACAGGAGUUUGUGUUCAGCAAAGUCCUGUGGCUAGCUCGUGACUAAACUGAAACUAAGUUUGUUUCUUGUGUGUUUUUAUAGAAGUGGUGUUUUUCCAAAAACAAAGUGCAAAGCUGCUUGAAUCAGAAGGAGAUAAACUCACUGAACCGCUACAGGAGGGCAAAGCUGACUAUUUUUUUAAACUUGAAAAGUUUGCAAAGGGACAAUGAAGUUUUUUAAGAGCCAUGUCCAAACCCACCUUUAUGGAUAGCUUAGAGGUGUCUCACCUUUUGCUUCCCCCAUUUUAACUUGCCACAACUUAGUCAUAGUUAUUUUUUGUCUCAUUCAACAGGGGUUAAUGUUCAAAUGUUGGUCUUAGUUGCAAACUAGUUUCUUUUUAAAGGCACUGCACAUGAUUUACAUAAAAGGGCCCUUUCAGAUUUUAUGGGGUGGGAGAAUGAGUAUUAUGUGUGUGUGUGUGUGGAUUUUUUUUGGGUUUUUGUUUUUGGUUUUUUUAACUUCCCCAAACACACAUGGGCACAGAAUUGCAGUACUGUAAGGAAGAGGGACCUUCAAAUUACACAAAUAUAUAAUCUUCAGCUGUAAAAAGGGACGGUUGUAAUAGAGUUUGUAAGGCACAUUAAGCAUGCUAAAUGGCGGUGAUCAGAACUCUCCUUAUCUGAAUCUACUGAGGAUCAAAGCAGCAAUUAUAAUGGGAUUCUGUGUGUCUUGUAUUUAGAGACCACAGUCAGCUAGUAUUGGAAUAUGACUGGUCUCAUAACUAAGGUGCACUGAGAAGCAAUCAACGGGUCGGUCCUGGCCAGUCCUGGGGAGGUUUAAGUGGUGGUCUUUGGGAUAACCUUUGGCCUUAUGGAUUUGGACUCUAAGUUAGAAGAGCCUACCAUUUCAGAUGCAAUCACUUUUGGACAUGCAUUUGCAGACAGUCCUUAAUGCUGAAAACACAGAGAAUGGGUAAUUCAAGAGGCCUUUCUUUUAAAAUAGACUUUUGUGACCCACUUAUUGUAAGGUAUUGCAAGGUCACUUUGCGUGUGUCAUAAAGUUGACUUCCUUAUUGGUUGAAGGUCACAGAAGUAGUGGUUUGCGUUUGAUGGAAAUAGCUACAACUGUGUCCCUUCUUGCUUUUUACUUUUUUCUUUUGCUUUUUCUCGGCACGUGGUUUCUCCACCAUUACUUCUGCACAAAGAUGUCUUCUGUUCAUCCUGAACAUUUUUAAAAAUGCAGAAUUUUAUGUGACUGCUUUUUUGCCUCACAAUUAUGCUGUGAAUUUUACAAAAAUUUAUUUUCUUUUUUGAUAAUUUAUUGUACCAAAGCUGUUUUUAUAGCACAUAGAUGUCUGUAACCAAUAAUGUAGCAGUUCUGCACUUUGACACAAGGUGUAACUAGACCAUUUUUAAAUGUCAGUUGAAAAUUAUGGCUGGACUAUUUUUUAAACAAAACUGGAACUGUUGUUGA